AUGGCAGAGGUGACGGCACAGGACGCCGCCCUUGUCGCAGCAGACGACGUGAUGCGCGAUCGCGCCCGCCAGUUUGUCGAGUUCCUUGAUGAUGACAACCAAGCAAACUACAACUACCGCGGCGACAUCAAACGCAUGCUUGACAUGGAGCAGCAGCGCCUCAUUGUUAACCUUGAUGACCUGCGCGACUAUGACCGCUCAUAUGCCGAUGGGUUGCUGCUUCAACCCACUACCUACUUCCCUGCCCUUGAGGUCGCUGUCCGGCAGAUGGUACAGGCGCUCCAUGACCCAGCACGUCAUGACAUCCGCGACAAGGACUAUUACGUUGGACUGCGUGGCUCUUUCGGGCAGCAGCACUGCAACCCCCGCACUCUGAGGAGUCACCAGAUCGGCAAGAUGGUCUCGCUCGAGGGCAUUGUGACACGAUGCUCGCUUGUCCGCCCCAAGAUGCUCAAGUCUAUUCACUACUGCCCACCAACAAAGAAGUUUCACAGCCGCUCUUACCACGACGGCACCAUGAUCGCACCAUCCUCGACCCUUACUGGUUCCACAACCGUCAUCCCCACUGAUGACGGCGAGGGACAUGCGCUGUUGAUGGAGUACGGCCUUUCCACCUUCCGCGACAGCCAGACCACCAACAUCCAGGAGAUGCCUGAGCGCGCACCCCCCGGCCAGCUCCCACGCGGUAUUGAGGUCGUGCUCGCUGACGACCUCGUCGACGUCUGCAAACCUGGCGACCGCAUUCAGCUCGUGGGCGUGUACAAGUCCUCGGGUGGUGGACAGGGAUCCCGAGGCUUCCACACCGCUCUCAUCGCCAACAACGUCAUCCUCCUCUCGUCCAAGCAGGGCGGCGGUAUCGCCCACACUGCGCUUACCGACGACGACAUCCGCAACAUCAACCUCGUCUCACGCAAGAGGAAUCUUUUCAAGCUCCUUUCUGAGAGCUUGGCGCCUUCCAUCUACGGUUAUCAGUACAUCAAACAGGCGAUCUUGCUUCUCCUUCUGGGCGGUGAGGAGAAGAACCUGAAGAACGGCGGUCACAUUCGUGGAGACAUCAACAUUCUCAUGGUCGGUGACCCCUCGACAGCCAAGUCGCAGAUGCUGCGUUUCGUCCUCAACACGGCUCCUCUGGCGAUCGCAACCACCGGUCGUGGUUCGUCUGGUGUUGGUCUCACAGCUGCCGUUACCACCGACAAGGACACCGGCGAGCGCCGACUUGAGGCAGGUGCCAUGGUUCUCGCGGACCGUGGUGUUGUGUGCAUCGACGAGUUCGACAAAAUGAGUGAUGUCGACCGUGUAGCCAUCCACGAAGUCAUGGAGCAGCAGACCGUCACCAUCGCAAAGGCUGGUAUCCACACGACACUGAACGCGCGCUGCUCAGUCGUCGCCGCUGCCAACCCCAUCUACGGCCAGUAUGACGUCCACAAGGACCCUCACCGUAACAUCGCCCUUCCCGACUCGUUGCUCUCGCGUUUCGACUUGCUCUUCGUCGUCACAGACGACUCGGACGAGCAGCGCGACCGCCAAAUCUCGGAGCACGUCCUCCGCAUGCACCGCUACCUCCAGCCGGGUGUACAGGAGGGCACGCCGGCGGUCGAGAACAUCCAGCAGCACCUCGAUGUCGGUGGUGACGCUGAGGAGACUCAGGCGACCGAGACGCCAGUUUACGAGAGGUACAACCCUCUUCUCCACGGCGGCGUGACUACUUCGCGUGGCCGUGGCGCCAACAAGAAGAAGGAGGUGCUCUCGAUCGCCUUCGUCAAGAAGUACGUCCAGUACGCCAAGUCCCGCAUCCACCCUACCCUCACCAAGGGCGCCGCCGACUGGAUUGUCGGCGUGUAUGCUGGUCUGCGCAACGACGACCUUGCCUCUAACCAGCGAAGGACUUCGCCUCUCACUGCCCGUACCCUCGAGACCUUGAUUCGUUUGGCCACCGCCCACGCCAAGGCACGCCUUUCGAAGGAGGUGGACGAGCGCGACGCCAUCGCGGCAGAGGAGCUUCUGCGCUUCGCCCUAUUUAAGGAGGUGGUCCGCCCCGAGCGUCGCAAGCGCCGCAAGCUCAACAACGGCGCCUCGCGCAGCGACGACGAGUCCGGCACGGAAGAUGAGGAGGAGCUCUUGGAGGAGGAGAUUGCUGCCCCGACCGCCUCUGACCGCCAACGUGCGCGUGAGAAGGCUGAGCGACUCGAGCGGAGCCAGAGGCGCCGUGGGCCAUCCCAGCAGGAAGAAGAGGAUGAGGCAGCGGCCGCCCAGGCGCUGGAGGACGGCGACGUGGAGAUGGCCGAGGCGGAGGACGCCGAGGCUGUGGCUGAGAAUGUCAGCAAUAUCUCGGCUGAGCGUCUCGACCUCUUCCGUGAGCGCCUGGGUGUCGUGUUCGAGCACGACGCUGCUGCGCAGGGGUUCAUCGACUUUGCCGACCUGCUCCCCCUCGUCAAUGAGGGUUUGGCGAACGAGGACAUGUUCGGCACAAACGAGGGCAAGGCGGCUGUCCGGACGAUGGCAGACCGCAACGAAGUGAUGGAGGCGGACGGCACGGUGUACAAGGUGUAA